CCACACAGAAACCUGUAAGAGGUAAUCAUGAAGUGGUGUGAUUGUCUGCUGACUCUGGUUGCUAUGGCAACAUUGAUUGACACCUCGAAUGCCGGGGUGGUCAGGCGGGCAAAGCGAGAAGUAUCCUAUUUGUCCUGGUCGUCCAUUAGCCCUCCGUUAUAAGUGAUGCGGAAAUCGUCGUCUGGAGCCUAAAGUCACCUAUGCGCUGAGACGGCCGCCUACAAGAGGGCGUCUGGUUCCGCGCAAAGGCCAAAGCAGAAAAUUUUUCGCGGGAUGGGAGGGUGGGUCGCUUCGGACUCCAGACGCGGCCGGAGGACCGUCGACCACGUGACAAAGGUGUCGCUGUUCUGCAUACUUAUAGAAUGGGCAGAUCACGUGGCUAACAUCCGGGCCAAUAGGCGACCAGAAUAAAUAGUAUCCUAUUUGUCCUGGUCGUCCAUUAGCCCUCCGUUAUAAGUGAUGCGGAAAUCGUCGUCUUCCGCCUUUGCCCUCUCUGGCUAUUGAGCCUUUCCUUUCCUUCCGUAUUCCCAGUAUCUAAGAUUCCUAGCCGGGAAUCCCUCCUGUAGUAUCUUCUCGCUCCUUCUCUCUUCGAUCCUUUCUACUCCUUUAUGUUACUCCCUCUUCCUCCCUCUCUUAUCUUCCCUUCCUCAUCUUAUUCUCUCAACACUAUCUCCUCCCCCUUACUCAUCUUACCCCGUUCUUAUUUCUCCUCCUCAAUCUCGACUUGCUCCUAUUACUACGCCACCCCAAUCUUAUCACAACAAACAAAACCUUCACCAGGAGUCAAGUGACGGGGUGUCUCGUGGACCACUCUCCUUUCGGAAUGGUCGUCGACACCCAUCCGCAAAUAUCUGAACAGUGCUUUGAUGACAAUUGGUAAGUGAGCAGUUUACACACGAAAUAUGACUUGUGGACGACCAAGAGUCAGCCUGCUCACUCUUCCUUUCCUAGUGCCCGUUCCAAGCCUCAAAUAGGCCCGGGUACAUACGCAAUUCCGUAAAUAUGUAUCAUCCAGCCUUCCGCGGAAUCCCAUCGCACUGGGUAGACGUCACAACAUGUCGGGAAAGAACGCACACAAUCAAAUGCUCGUCCAGCUUUCCGCGGAACCCCAUUGCACUGGCCAAUGUCACAAAAUGCUAAAACAAAGUGCAACGUGCAAGACUUCUCGGAUCAUCCAGCUUCCCGCGGAACCCCUUCGCACUGGAUAUCGUCACAGUGUGUCACGAAAGAAAUGUACUCAAAUUCUCGGAGCGUCCAGCUCUCCGCGGAAACCCUUCGCGCUGGACAACGUCACACCAAGCUUAACCAACAACACGCUUUCCGAAUCAUUCAGCUUUCCGCGGCACCCCGUCGCACUGAAUGACAUUCCACCGUACUAAGAAAGAAACACCGUCCUACACCUUCUCGGAUCCCCGCAUUGGAAUGACGUUAGAAUACAAGCGGGUAACUCGACGUGUAUUCACAAGGACGUCAGGCUAACCCAGGGUUACUCGAAUAAUUCCGAACAAUCCAGCAUUCCGCGGCACCCCAUCGCACUGGAAAAUGAAUUUCACAAAUCAAGAGAGGGAGGGGGAAAAACCUGCCUAACAAAGGAAGCAAAAAGACUCACAGUCCGUUCAUUGAGCUGCCGGUGAUGUUGGAUGAACUGGCGGGCUGGGCGGUGUGAGGGACCGGAGCGCCGGCCAGGCCUGAUCCUCAUACUGCUGUUCCUCAUAGCGCUGCGCCCUGUAGCCACCUCCUCGGAUUCUCUGGUAUCUGUUUCCAACAACUCUAAUCGGUAAAAAAAAAAAACAAGGUUCACAAUAAAAACAUCACAGCCUAGCAGGUUCCUGGCACGUCUUGACCCCUCUCUGCUGCUGUUGCUUGUGCCACCAACAGGUCCCAUGGCCGCACAUCUGGCACGUGCAUCUGGCGAGGUUGAUGGUGGCGUGUCCCGGAGCUGGGCGGUGGUGUGUCCCGCGCAUUCCUGUUGUCGGAGGGGGAGAGCGUCAGACCUGUAUGAACAACACGUGAAUCAUGAGAUGGUGGGGAGGGACGGGCGCCCGGCAACAGGUCCGGUCCCAGACAGACAAGUCUAAAAACAUACGCAACUUCCACACCGCCCAGAUCCCACAUGCGAGCGAGCCGCGUUACGUGGAGUAGUCGUGGGCCACGCGUGUCUACAACUCAGUCACCACGCCUUACAGAUACACACUCAUACACAUGCACAGCAAACUCCAAGCUAAUGCCAAAAUUAGCGGAAACCCCAAACACAGCCUCGACGUUCAAUCUCGGUUGUGAGACAGAAAAUCCACCUGCCCAAAACAGCAAAAGACACUCAAAAAUCGUAAAGAAUGCAGCCUCCAGAACUCAGAGACGUUGACUAUUCAGCACGCCAAACUCUUCCAAGGAAGGUGGGAGUGAAAAUGUAAACCUGAAAAACAAACACGUCGCCACGUUGUCUCUGUGGACCAUGUCAUCGUCGUCCUGUUUCUGCCUGAAAUAUUCACGAAAAUCAAAAAAUGACAUCAAAAUCUAGAAGCUCUCGUUCUGUUCCACACCUCAGCAUAAAGAACCAGCAUCCACAGCUGUCCUAGACGUGCGAUUACAAAGGAUAGAAACUUGGUAAUAACAAAAGAUUUCCAAGCGAACCGCCAUCUUGCCUCUCUAUGUAAGCACACAACGAGCUGUCAGAACUUGCUAAAAACAUUCACAAAAUUGAAAAAUCACACAAAAAUCACGCAGCUCCAACAUGGAACAAAACGUCAGUGUGAAUGAAAAGCGUCCUAAACUCGCCUCGUCCUAGGAUUGGAACAGGUAGAAACUGUAAAGAAAAUUGGGAAGAGCAGCCACCCCUGCACACAGUUCAAAACUCAUGCAUACGAAUACACAAAGAAAUGCAAAAAUUAAAAACGAUACAGCCGGUAGUCAGCAUUCCAAGCGUGCUAGAAAGAAUCACAAGCAGCGCAACACAUUAUCAGUAUCAGUAUAGGUUGCUUCGAACCUCGUACGAAACACAUACAAGUCUCACAAAAUAUGAAACAUACGACAGAAACACAAAGUACCAACCGGCCGUUGGAGCCAUACAUCAAACCUUCCGUGGAAAGAAUGUCGUCCAGACGGUAACCACAACGUAACCGCCAGUGCCUCGGGCUGCAAACGUGCUAUCCUACGGGGUCCUGAAUCGGCCUCGCCGCCGGAAAAUUUCUGCUUUGCGGUGAGGGACGAGCCGAGAACUUCUGACAGGCCUGAGGACCGUCGACCACGUGACAAAGAUGAUGCUGAACUGGCGCUGAGAGAUAUCCAGGAUGAAUUUAAGAAACGACGGGAAGAAACUCCAGUUCAAGGUUCUGUUAUGUCCAGUCUCGAAGAACGGCUCUCUCGCCUGAUAGAAAAACUGGAGGGACUGAAACAGAUGAAGAGAGAACAAGAAGAGGAUUUGGAUGAGACCAGAGCUAUGGAGAAGGAGGAGGAGAUAGAAGCGGCGGAACAAGAGGAAGAGAUGAGAGCUAUGGAGGAGAUGGAGGAUAUAGAGGCGGCUGAGCAGGAAGAGGAGAUCCGAGCUAUGGAGGAGGAGGAGGAGAAAGAAGCAGCGGAACAGGAGGAGGCGAUGAGAGCAAUGGAGGAGGAGGAAGAGAAAGAAGCUGCAGAACAGGAGGAAGAGGCCAGAGAUUUGGAAGAGGGGGAGGGGGAUAUAGAAGUAGCGGAGCAGGAGAAGAGGGGCCGAGGUAUGUUCGGCGGCGGCAACAACUUAGAGAAACAGCUCUUCAAUCUCAAGUUCGCCGCCAAGAACUUACGGAGGUCAGCCCAGAAGAGCGACAAGAUGGAGAAGAUGGAAAAGACCAAGCUAAAGAAGGCGAUCCAGAAACACAACAUGGAAGGCGCCCGCAUUCACGCUGAGAACUCAAUCCGACAGCACAAACAGUCGCUGCACUUCCUCCGCUUGAGUUCCAGGAUAGACGCCGUGGCGCAGAGAGUCCAGACGGCUGUCACUAUGAAGAAGGUGACCGGGGAUAUGUCCAGAGUGGUCAAGUCUAUGGACUCAGCUUUGAAAUCCAUGGACCUAGAGAAGGUGGCCGCCAUGAUGGAUAAGUUUGAGAGGCAGUUCGAGGAUCUGGACGUGCAGUCAGCGCAGAUGGAGGGCGCCAUGAGCGGCACCACGACUCUGAAUGUGCCGAAAGCCCAGGUGGAUAAGCUGAUGCAACAGGUGGCCGACGAGCACGGGCUGAAGUUGAACAUUUAGCUGUAAGUAAGGGUCAGACCAGCACCAUCGGUACACCGUCUACAGCUUCCGAACAAAAGGACGAACUGUCAGAGAGGCUGGCAUAGCUCGGGCAUGCGCAGAUGUAACAA